CUUGCUGCGCGCAGGAUGCGCGGGUUUUGCCCGGCGCUCUGCUUGGCGCUGCUGGCGGCGGAACGCGGAGCGAGGCUCUGCACCAUCAUCCAUUACCUUUCCCAUGGGCAUCUGGGCUGGUUUUGUGGGACCAUCACCUGCCUGGUACCUGGCUACGUGGCACAACUCCUCAGCAUCCUCUGGUUGAAGGCAGAUGGACACCCUCCAGGCUGUAGUGUCCUGGUUCUCCACAUCCUACAGUUUGGCCUCUGGAAGCGGUACUGGGAUAUUUUGUGGAUGGAGGUGAAGACAAACAGCAGUGCAGGUACUGGGGAGAUGCUGAUGUGGCAUGCAGAUGUGUGUUUGCUGAGGCUCCUGGAAGCCCUGCUGCAGAGUCUGCCUCACCUCCUGCUGCAGGUCUAUGUUGUCGUGGUCAGUGAGCCAUCCAGCCUCAUCCCUGCUGUCAGUGCUGGGCUGUCCCUGCUGUCCCUCUCCUGGGCUUUGGUCUCCUACAGCCACUCCUGCUGCCUGCUGAGACCUGGCCACGUGUGGCUGCCAGCCGCAGCCCUGCUCUGCCUGCUGCUCUGGAGGAUGGGGAUGCUGACAAGCAGGGUCCUGGCCCUGGUGCUCUUCACCAAGCUCUAUUCCUGCUGGGUUCUGGCUGUGGCAGGCACCCACUGGGUGCUGAUGUCCUUCUGGCUGGUGGCCCUGCAGAGUGACAUUGUGGCCCAGCCCUGCCACUGGAGGCUGUUCAACGUCCUGCUGGGAGCCGUGUACAUCUUCUGCUACAUCAACGUCCAGCCUGGUCCCUCCAAGCACCGCAUGGCUGUGUUCUACGUGGUAAUGCUGAUGGAGAACAUGCUCCUGCUGCUGCUGGCCACUGAGUUCCUGCAGGCAGAGAUGGGGCACAGCCUACGUGUGAGCUGGGCUGCCAUGGCGGGAGCUGCCCUUGGUGUUGCAGCCAUGGUGGUUUAUUACAGCCUGCUCCAUCCCAAAUCCUCCAAGAUCAGGCAGGGCAUCCUGCAGAACUCCAGCUGUGCUGCUGGCAAUGAGCAGGCUGCUGGGAACAGCUCCUGCGUGGGGCAGAGCUGGGGAAUUUCAGGAGAUGGAGAAUCAUUGCCUGCAGAAAGGACCACAGUAACUCCCAAAACUGGGAACAGCUCAUCACUCUUCCAGCUCGAAGGGCUUUCGGAGGAUGGAUGGACAAAUCACCACCAUUGGCUGCUGGUGAAGCUGGCCUUGAAGACGGGAGACGUGUCGAAGAUCAACGCAGCUUUCGGGGAUGCUGGUGUGGGAGAGCUUUACCCUGAAGGGUGGGAGAUGGGAGCACCCCAACCUGGGGCUGAGCCUUCCUUCCCCACAAUGGAAAUCGCUCCUCAGGGCUUUGGAUUGGGUUUAGUAGAGGAGAAGACGAUGGUGGUGAGGAAUGGAGGAGGCAGCAAACAUGAAAUCGGUGCUGGAAGGGACAGAGGAGGGCUGGAGGCUGCUGGCCACCCUGCCAUCCCUUCACCUCACAGCUCCUCUGCAUCCCUAUCUGAGGGCUCCUCGGUGUACUUCAGUGCCAACACAGGUGGCAUCACCUCUCCUGGUGCAGUGAUGGUGACAGCAUCCUCCACAGCCCUGCUGGAAGGGGACAGCAAAGCCUGCUCUUCCCCAGGAUGCCUAGCAGGAGGAGGGGGAAGAGGAGAAGAUUUAUCCCUUGAGACAGCGAGCAUCAGCCCCAUCCUGGGCUCUUGUACCCACAGGCACCUGCAGAGUGACUGUGGGGUGGCAGGUCCCCCCAAGGAGCUGCGUGUGGGGACAGAGGGAGCCCUUCUGGAGUGGCAUCACCUGCACUACACCCAUCCCUGUGAAACACGGGGGGUUGUUGGUCUGAGGAGCAAGCUGAAGCCACCACGCUUCACCUCCACCCCCAAAGCUGACUCCAAAUGUUCCCAGCGAGGACUGAGGGAUGUGGAAGAGAGGAAGGAUGUGUCUGGGAUGGUGGAGUGACCCUGCGUUGUCACCGUGGGACAGAACUGGGGUGGCUGCUUUGCUCAAUGAGAUGCAAUAGGGAAGUUCAUGCUGACCUCAAAGGCUGUCCCUGUGUGCCCAUGUGGUCCUUUGUCACCAGGAGGUCUCCUCCCCUCCUGGUACUGCUUCUUCUCUUUCCUCUGGAGAGCAUUAGUGGAUGGAAGGGCUGAAAAGCCUGGGUUUAGGUAUUUAUUAUGUUUAUUUAACCCUAUGGGCAGUUGGAGCAUCCUGCCCUUCUUGCAUAGGUGAUGAUGUUGGGAAAGGUGGCCUUGAACAUCAUAGAAUCAUAGGAUCAUUUCAGCUGGAAAGCACCCUUAAAGGUCAUCUAGUCUACCUCCAAGUGCCCAGAGAAGCUGCUGCCCAAAGCAGGAGCUGCUCAUGACAAACAGGUGCCUAAACCAGAAACAUGAUGGGUUUUAUUUCCAUAUGUUUACUUUGGGGUAGAGCAAGCCCUGCAUUAAGGCUCAGCAGUGCUUGAUCAAUUCUUCUCCCUCCACAGAGAGCUUGACCAACUGCUGGGACCGCAUCGGAGCCCAGUUGCUCUACGUAUGGCAGGUGACAACCUCAGGACAUUGAAUUACAGCCAUGAGACAGGUCUGCUGGCUUCCCCAUGGCUGUGGGGAUUGAGAACUGGUGGGCACUGCCUGCUAGGGAAAGCCUCCAAAAGGAUGGGCACAGAACCACAGAAUGGUUUGGGUUAGAAGAAACCUUUAAGAUCAUCCAGUUCCAACCCUCUGCUGUAGGCAGGGACACCUCCCUCUAGACCAGGUUGCUCACAGCCCCAUCCAGCCUAGCCUUGAAUGUCUCCAAGGUGGAAACAUCCAGAACCUCACUGGGCAACCUGUUCCAGCGUCUCACCAAUCUCCCAGUAAAGAAUUUCUCCCUGAUAUCCAUUCUAAAUCUGCCCUCUUUCAGUGUAAAGCCAUUUCCCCUCGUCCUGUUGUGGUGUGAGGAGUGGUGAAACAAAGCUGCCAAGCAGAACUCGCUGCUCAGAAGGGCCCCAGCCGGACGUGUUCCAUCAGGCUGAGCUGUGCUCUGGAAACCCGGUUGGGCUGUUUGGGACUGCAGCUGCCUUCCAACGUGACAACAGCUCCAUACCUCCGCCCUGGCCCCAGCACAGCUGUAUUUUGCUUUGCUCUGCAGGGAGGAAGCAGUUGCAGCAGCUUUUCCUGAGCCCCCCUCGCUG